AUGUCGGGGAGUCCGUUCAUUCGCUGGGGAUGGGCAAGCGCCUUGGGAGAGGUAUCGCUUGUGGCUCGGGUGCCCUCACCGGGCAUCUCUCAGUAUUCUGGGCACGUGCUCUCCGCUCGGCGGAGAGGCGGCUGAGGCCUGUCACAGGCUGAGCGCGCUCCGGACCGGGUGCUCCUGAGUCAGGCCACGAGCGUGUCGUGGUAGACGUCCACUCGGCCAGUCCUUCUCUGCUUCUGAGCGUGUCAGCAGCUGGAGAACAAAAGACAUAAAGCUUAAACAUCAAGUAAGAAGGAAUAAAGAUAAAUACGUGAAGACCUAAAUAUAUUUAACAAAAAUCAAACAGUGGAGACAAGAAAACAAGAUUAUCUUCCUAUCCAAAAAGAUGAAACAACUGGGUUACUUUCAAAAAUCAACCAAGUGAGCACCGCAGACUAAUGAGUAGAAUCAAUAAGAACGUGAUUUUGGCUGUAUUAACAUUGACAAGUUCAGUGUUUCUGCUUUUUCAGUUGUACUACUACAAGCACUAUUUAUCAACAAAGAAUGGAGCUGGUUUAUCAAAAUCCAGAGCAAGCCAAAUUGGAUUUGACAACACACAGUGGCGUGCAGUUAAAAAAUUUAUUAUGCUAACAUCCAGCCAGAAUGUACCAGUGUUCCUUAUCGAUCCUUUGAUUCUGGAAUUGAUUAAUAAAAACUUUGAACAAGUCAAAAAUAUUUCUUAUGGCUCCACUUCAGAAUGCAAGUUUUUCUGUGUUCCAAGAGACUUCACUGCAUUUGCAUUACAGUAUCACCUAUGGAAGAAUGAGGAAGGCUGGUUUCGGAUAGCUGAGAAUAUGGGAUUUCAGUGCCUAAAGAUUGAGAGCAAAGAUCCCCGGCUAGACGGGAUAGAUUCACUUUCUGGAACCGAAAUCCCCCUGCACUAUAUCUGCAAAUUGGCCACUCAUGCCAUCCACUUGGUAGUCUUUCAUGAGAGGAGUGGCAACUACCUGUGGCAUGGCUAUCUACGACUCAAAGGCCACAUUGACAGGAAAUUUGUUCCUUUUCGAAAGUUACAGUUUGGUCGUUAUCCUGGAGCUUUUGACAGGCCAGAGUUACAGCAAGUUAUUGUUGAUGGACUAGAAGUUCUCAUUCCUAAAGAUCUAAUGCACUUUCUAGAAGAAAUACCACACUCUAGGUUUAUUGAGUGUAGGUAUAAAGAAGCUCGAGCAUUUUUUCAGCAGUACCUUGAUGAUAACACUGUGGAAGCUAUGGCCUUUCGAAAGAGUGCAAGAGAAUUAUUGCAACUAGCAGCCAAAACAUUAAAAAAGUUGGGAGUACGGUUCUGGCUGAGCAGUGGAACUUGUCUAGGAUGGUAUCGGCAGUGCAACAUUAUUCCUUAUAGCAGAGAUGUCGAUCUAGGAAUUUUUAUACAAGAUUACAAAUCUGAUAUUAUUUUAGCAUUUCAGGAUGCAGGACUUCCACUCAAACACAAAUUUGGGAAGGUAGAAGACAGCUUGGAACUAUCCUUCCAAGGAAAAGAUGAUGUAAAACUUGAUAUUUUUUUCUUCUAUGAAGAGACUGACCAUAUGUGGAAUGGAGGCACUCAGGCCAAAACAGGAAAAAAAUUUAAGUACAUGUUUCCCAAGUUUACACUGUGCUGGACUGAAUUUGUAGACAUGAAGGUUCAUGUGCCCUGUGAAACCAUUGAAUACAUUGAAGCCAACUAUGGUAAGACCUGGAAGAUUCCUGUGAAGACAUGGGACUGGAAGCACUCUCCCCCCAAUGUGCAGCCCAAUGGAAUCUGGCCUAUUUCUGAGUGGGAUGAGGUUAUCCAGUUAUACUGAAAUACUAGGUUGAAAUGUGAGAAUUCCCCUCUUGAGUAAAAGGUGGAUAACUGUUUAAAAAAACACGUGUCUAUUUGUCAAACAUAAGUUGGAGCUAGAUUAUUAAAAUAAGUUUAAAGACACAAAAAAAGAGUACUAACUGCUGAGCCAUCUGAUUUAAUUCUUUUACCCAACAUUUUUGAGGAGUUUCCAUGUGCCAGUUACAAUGCUAGGUUACAAAGGAGAAGCAGAAAUGAAUGAGACAAGUGCCUGCUUCUUUUUUUCCUCCUUUUGAUAAGCACCCCAAUUUUCCUUUGAGAGAAACCCCACCCUCUGAAGAGCUCAGUUAGAACAUAAUACAUUCUGUAAGGGCUUUCAAAAUGUUAAGUACUGUUUGGACUGGAAGAUGAACUCAUCAGGCAAAGCUAAGGGAGGAUAUACUAGUUAGGAAUAACCUGUUCCUGUUCUUGGCAUUUAGUGCUACUUUUAAGAUUAUGGAGUCUGAGUUAACAUUCAAGUGAUUAGACUUUAGGUGGUGUCAUGAAAAGAUGAUAGCAGAUUCAUUUUACAAGCAAUCUCAUGUGGAAUUGUUUUAGAGCACAGGACAUUAUUCUACAAGGGAAGGUGAGAGUUUAUUUCUAGCCUUGUCGAGAUAGUAAACUUUCAUACACUUACUAUUCUCAUAUUGGAAGUGAGAAGAAAGCUUAUGCUUGCGUGAUGCUUAAAUUUCCAGCCAUUGUGAGAGUAUUUUCACUGACCACUUGUUGACAAAUCAUUAAAGUGAGACCAUGCUAGCAGGCAUGAUUUUGAGAAUCGUGAUUUCAUAAAACUUAUUUUCCUUGUUUCAUUCUCAACCACUAUGUUAUGUAAAAAUAUGAGCUAUUCGUGGACAUUUUAUAUUUUCUGAUAUUAUAAUCCUUGCACUCCCAAAAUUAAUGUUAACACUAAAGUACCUCUGAUUUUUCUAAGUGUAUUCUUCACUGUAUUCAUACAUCAAUUACAGCUCCAUAUCUUUAAUUUAUGGCCUCUAUACCAAUUUAAACGGUGUAUAAAUCUACUUGUUCCUUCUUCUCUUCUGGUGUGACAUAGGGUCUCCAAAGUGGAAGAUAAAUGGUGAAUUUGGCAACUGUUCACCACCCCAGAUCAUAAUGUUUAUAAAGUUUGUAUCCAUCCCUAGUUGUUCAAUAUGCUAGGUAUGGAUAGAGCAAGAACUCCAGACUUCCCUAUUUUAAGUACCACCCACUUUGGGACGCUCUACUUUCCUUUUUCCCUUUAAGAUACAUCUCUGAGUGGGCUGGGAUGGCUCUGUCUCCUCCAUCUCUUCACUAAUCACUUGAAUUUUAUAUUCUAAGUGAGAGAUAAGGGAAAUGCAGGCGCAAUAAGCACUGCUAUCUUUUUCUUUAUCCAGGAAGGGAUGCCAAGUCUUAUGUUUUAUUUAUGCUUCUUAGGACUACUUCCAGUACCAGCUUGGCAGAUUUUCCUCCAAAACCCGAGAAUAAUAGGAGUCUCAAAAAUGGAAACCAGAAUGUCUGAGGGAAUGAGCUGACAGAAUUUCCUGAAAACAAAGUUGGGGAAGGUAACCUACAACCACCCCACUCCAAAUUUUAAAAACAACGUGGAAACUUUCUUUGAUAAAUGAUAACCAACAUCCUUCCUCUCUUAGGAUGUGUUCUCAGUGCAGAAUCAUGGAUUCUUCUCAUAAAUAACAUAAGCAGGUUUUCAGGGACCUUUAUAGAUUAUCAGUAAAGUUGUCCCAAAAUGACAUGUUAUCAUAAUCAGCUUUCUCUUUGCUAGAAAACCAGCCCGUAGAAUACACACCCAAAAUUUUAAACAGGUAACCCUAAUUUUAUUUCUCAUGCUCAAAAACAACAUAACAGGUAAGAGUUGUGAUCUCGGGCAAAAUUUACCAUACUUGGUGAGGACCAUUUGCUUGUGCUCAGCAUCUAAAAGUGCAUACACUCUAUGUUUCUGCCCAUUUCAAACUGGGAGUCCCACUGUUUUCCAGAUCUUACCCACCCCUGUUCAAGUUAUUUCUCUUUUAUCUGUCUCUCGAGUACAAAGUCUUAGGGAGACUGAAGUUCAAGUUAUCUUGGCUCCAUUGACAGAGGUUUCAUAUCCUUCCCUCCAUAGACCACUGGCUGCCAAAAUACCCUUAUUGUAUUCCUUCUGGUUUCACAGGCUUCAGCUCUUGGGUUCUGCCCUAACUUGGGGGAGUGAAAGCAUUUCCCCAUAAUCUGAAGGCCAGGAUUGCCUCUGAUACUGAUUCAGCCAUACUUCAUCCUACGCUUCUUGACACUUGCACUCUGCAGAGUGUCCAGAGACCUUGGGUUGGGUGUAUCUACCAUCAGUACCUCAUCAGAUCACUCUUCUUUCCUCACCUGAGUAUUCCAGCAGUAAUUCUCCUAAUCUAACCACUUUCAGGUCAUUUGCCUGGCCUGUAGAAGACCUCAUAUUAGCUGACUGGUAGUUAGGCACCCAUGGAUGUCUCCAGAGAAAUAUCGAGAGGCAGCAUCCCUCUCAGUUGACAACCAGGUAGCCACUCAGUCCUCCUCUAAGCAGGGGGCACUUGUCUUUUUCUCCUCUGCUGCAACUGCGGACAGCUGGCUCCUGGAAUAAAACCACAGUUCCCAAAAUUGAGUAUCCCUUGGAAUAGGUGGACAGUAGGAUAGCAGGUUUCCUUGAUUCCCUAGCCACAAAUCCUGAAACGUGACCACUAGGUGGCAGAAUGUCUGCCAGCAUCCCUCCCAAAAAACAAGUUAACACAAGUGAAAAUCAUCCUACUCUUGAAAAACUAGAAGGAGCUUUAGGGCAAAAUUCAUUUUAGCCCUCUUGUUUUAUAAACAAAUUAAUAAUCCCAGGAAAGAGUGAUCAGAGCCAGAAACAGCUGAGGCUAAAAUCCAAGAGUGCUGUGACUUCUAGUUCAGUGUCUGUUUUACUGCAUCACAGCAUGGGAUCUUUAACUCUGCUUGAGAUACUUGACAGAGAAGGCCUCCAGGGCCACGAUGAGACUAGGUUUCAGGGUAUUUCUGCCUUCCCCACUUAAUAUCUUUUUGUUCAGAUUGAGAACCUAAGGUGACAAGUCAGGGAGGAGUGUUUCCUUCUUGUCCAAAUUCUUAGGCUACCUUCAUGCUUUUAUCUCAAAAAUGCCUUAUCUCCAAAAAAUAAAACAGUUCACAUCUGGAGAGAGAAGCAUUUGGUACCCGCUUCUUCUUAGCUCAAGAUGCAUCCCAUUGCUACUUCUAAUUCCCCAGGGAAUCAUCAGCACCAAUCUGCUAAAUGACCACUUCUGAAGAGCCCCUCCCGUUCUUAAAGCAACCUGUCAAGAUGCUUUUUCUCUCUCAGAAAAAGGAUUCCUGAAGGAUGUUUACCUGGUAGUUGUGGUCUGUUUCACCAAAGAGAACAAUAGCUAAAUGUAACUGGAGUGUUUUGCAGUUUUCAGGAGGUUUUUUUUAUCUGCUUGGCUGAAAAGGAGACUGGAGUAUCUCAUUUCCAGUAUUUAAACUGCUUUCAAUUAUUUAUAUUGAUACUCUCUUAUGGAUGCAAGUAGUUAAGAAUCGAGUGUGCUCAUUUUUUUUUUUAAUUUGUGCCCAAACCAUUGUUUCUGUUCUUACACAGCUACAAAGCUUCAAAUGGCACAUAGGACAGGCAGGGUAUUACAUAGACAAGCAGGGAUUUGUAGAUUGUGUAUCAGAGCUACAUGUGGAAAACACACUUGGAAUGAGCUCCCAUACUCCAGCCUAAAAUCCUACCCAAUAUCAUAAGCCUAAGGCUACAAAUUUUUCUAAAUCUCCCCUAUCUGGAAAAUGAUAGUUCUUUUAUCCUAAAUGUUAUAAAUCCUUAGGGGAAAUCACCCUCAAAACCUAGUCAGAGAAAGUGCCAUAUUCUUACCUUCUAACACAUAACCACAUAAUCAUUAUCAUGUUAACACAUAAUAAUGUAACAUCUUUAAGGCAUAAAGAAACUCUAGUUACUGACUGGUCAAAAUAAUUUCUCUGAAGAAAUGUCCCAGCAACUAUUUCUCUUUACUCCUUGUCUUCCUCUGUCAUUGAGACCUGGGCUAGGUUACCUCUGACAUCUCAGGGAAGUCAGCACGUUGGCAUAAAAAGCCACAAACUUUUGAGUAAGGCCCAAGUUUGAAUCAUCAUGUGUGAUUUAUGGUGAGGGGCCUCUCAACCUCAAUUUCCACAUGAAUGAAUUUGGGGAAUGAUGCAUAAUACUUCUAAGUGUUUUUAGAAGGAUUAAAUGAAAUAUAAAGUGCUUAAACGCAGGCCUAGGGUUAAGUAAGUACUCAAGAAAUGUGCCAUUUCCCAGUUCCAUGUUUCUUUUCUAAUUACUCUUCAAAUAGGAUUAUAGAAACUAUGGGUCAGGACAUUCUGCCUUACUUAGAAGUUUGCAUGACUAAAUUUGCUUAAGGAAAAAAAAAAUUUCUAUCAGAGCAUUAAAGGUCAAAUUAUAUGGUUUAUGAAUUCAGAGACAUUACCAGGUUGCCUCCUUCUAUAAAUAGAACUUGUGUUUUCAUUUCAUUGGUCAAGCUAUUGUCUCCUAGAAUAUUCUUAUAUUAUCCCAUAUGCUACCUGGUUCCUUCGUCCUAAGUGAUUAAUUCUCUGUACUUCCCUAGAUUUGGUGCCUGCUCUGCCCUGGACUUUUUUCUUUCUUUCUUUUUUUUUUUUUUUUCUUCAAUAUUCUAGCUUUUCUUAGAGGUAAAUCCUCACCUCCUUGCUAGUGAAAAUAGAUAUGUCAUGAUUUGGAGAAGGAAAGAAUUUGGAAUACUUAGUUUCACUGUAUUAUCUGUGCUGAUGAGUGCCUGUGUCAGAGAACUGAAAACACUCAUUCUCACCUUUUGCCCCCAAAAUUCUGUUUCUGUUUCAGCAAGGCAAGGUAUGUGAUGCCCGCCACUCCACAUCAGACUGAAAUCCUAAUGAUAGUUUAUAGGUCAAACAGACCAAUGGUGAUAGCUUUUGUACAGGACCAGUGCUUAAGUAGGCAAGUAUAAAUUUUAAUGAGGAAUCUCUGCUUCUGCGCUUUCAGAACUUCUAGCCUAGAAUGUCCCCCUCCCCUUGUUCUCCCCUCAUCCAGCCUAGUACAGAGAUUACGCGGGGACCCAUUAGCCAGCCAAGAUGCUAUAUACUUAUGAGAACUUCUCACAGUAGCAUGGAAAGGGAAUAUGAGGAGAAUUAGAAGUACUGUAUUUUGUUGUAUAAAAUGAGAUGCUGUCUCAUGUACCUUUUAAAAAAAUGUAAGAUUUUACAGGUUUCUGAUGAUUUAUUCAGAGCAUGGAGAAUAGUUGAUGUGUUUGUUAAAUGAAAAUCAUAUAUAGCUAUUUAUGUGUUCCUUCCACUUCAUAACUAUAAAAACAUGUAUAUGAGUUUCCUAA